AUGGGUGACCACGACAUUGUCCAGUCCUUCAAAUCUACCAUCGGGUCCAACUUACAGGACUCUUACACCCAAGUCCAUGUUCUACUCAUAGCCUGGGAAGAGCACGACCUCGGCGACGUUGACGGCGAGAUACGGGAUCUCCGCGCCAUAUUUGAGAAAGACUACCGCUAUAGUAGCGUGGUCUUCUUUCCCAUCCCAACCAAAGGGUCAUCCCGUGCUAGACUCAACAGAGAAAUCUCGAGCUUCGUGGAAGAACAGUCGUUCCCCGAGGGGUCUCUCAUCAUCGUUUACUACGCCGGCCAUUGCAGUCCAGAUUCGCGGGGUCAGGCUGAGUGGGCGGCCUUUGGGCGGGGUGGCCCAACAGUGUCUUGGCAUGUUACACAGCAACUACUCUUCUCGGCCGUUGGUGAUGUUCUUCUCAUUCUCGAUUGUUGUCAUGCAUCUCUCAUCACCGGCGGCUCCAAGGAUGGCGAUGGUCGGUUUGAACUGAUUGCUGCGUCGGCCAAGGGAGCCAAGACCCCUGUCCCGGGUCGGAGAUCUUUCACCAGGGCGCUUAUCAGGCUGCUGAAAGAGCAUGUCAAUACAGAAAUUAAUACCGGACUAGAGACACCUGUAUUUCAUGAUUUCGUGAGGAAAUCGGCUACAAAAAUCGUUCUCCAGCCUCUCGAAACUCGGGAUAUCCCAGAAGGUUUCGCGGCAAAACCAGCUGGCUACCUCGUUUUCCGAGCAUCACUCUCAGAUGACGUGACUGGAUUGCAAAUAGCAAAUUGGCUCAAGACCGCACCUCCCAAGAAUGUCACGGCUGUCAGUAUCGAGGCAGUUGUCAGUCGGGCCCGUCGCAUACAAGAUGCUCUCAGAGACGGUGCUUUUCCUGAGGGAUCAUUGUUUGAGCAAUUGUCUAAACCCGCCCGGGACGAGAUUUUGAGAGGUAUUCAUGGGUUGAACACCGUCAUGGACAGCUGUAAAGAAUUCGCAACAGACACUACGACAAGCGGAGAUGAACUUGUCCAACAAUCACUGGUUGAGAUUCAAGAUAAAGUGUCAACGUUGAGAACAGCUGUCCAAACACCUCUGCUACUUGACACUGCUAUUAGCAGAAGUCCAUCUGGGGUGCCAAAAGAGCCUAGUGUUGAACUCAGAGCUGCUCUAGACGUGGAUGAGUCUCGUCACUUGGCCGACAUGGUCGUUCGGCCUGAUCCACUUGACGAUAGCAUUAGCCGUGAGAUCAACCGCGAUCGAAUCUUCGAAGCCCUUAAAAGAAAUGGCUCUGCGGAUAAGUUAUUCAAGCGUUUCAAGCUGGGCAGUAUUGACGGCCGAUCUGUCAUCAUGGAGACCUGGAAGUACAAGGAGUCGGAUGGUAGCAGUGGUGAACCGCAAGAUCAAACUCUGAGACAGGUUCGCAAGAUCACGGAGUUGCUAUGUCAUCCAAAGGAUAAAGACUUCCACAUAUUAUCAUGUGCAGGCUUCUUUCGUGACAGGCUUCGAAAAGAGCUUGGCAUAGUAUUCUGGACUCCACCCACAUUUGAUUCCAAGGGUGAGGUAUCAACUCUCCAUCAACUGUACAAGAUGCAUCGACUUGUUCCUCUCGGUCAGCGGAUCCGUCUGGCUUGGGCUAUUGCCACAGCCAUUGAGAACUUCCACCGUGUCGGCUGGGUGCACAAAGGAAUCCGAAGCGACAACAUUGCUUUCACAGAAGUUCUUCCUGACCUGAAGUCCGAUUUGGACGAUGAAGAUCCGGCUUCACCAUUUGUUGGCAACUUGGACUUGAGCAAGCCACUGCUAUUUGGAUUCGAGUACUCUCGUGCUGACGACGAGGCGACAUUUCUAGAAGAAGAUUACACACUUGCCAACAAUCUCUAUCGUCACCCCGAUCGAUGGGGUCGCCCGACAGCAAGAUUUGAGAAAAGUCACGAUGUCUACGCGCUUGGUGUCGUGCUGCUUGAAAUUGCCUUGUGGAAGGAAGCUAGCUCCAUCCUCAAGUCCUUCUUGGAAACCAAACCCCUAGUUGCUUCGGGUGUUGUGAAGGCCUUGAUUGGAAAGUGCGGCAAGACGCUGUCUCAUCAGGUUGGUAGGGUCUUUGCACAAUGUAUUGUUAAGUGCUUAGAGUUUCCUGUUGCCACGAAGGGUAUGAGCGAGUAUGAUGCGCAGAGAUAUUUCCAGCGGAAUGUCACAGAACCAAUGUCACGCGCGGUAUUGCGGGUGUAA